AGCUCUUGGUGUCUUCGGGCUCACUGAAAGCGCUGCUUGAAUGGACUGAACUUGACUUUAGCUUCCUGACCUUCAAUGCCUGUGUUACCAGAACAGAGGGAUUUCUCUGACACACCAAGUCCAAAUAGUUUUAAUUAUUAACCCUAGAAUAGGUGUUGUUUCUGUUCUGAAGCAAUUAAGUGCCCGUGAUAAGAGCACAACUUUCACCAUUUUAAAGUAUGGAAUUAACCUUAAUCCAAACAGCCCUUGUAACAGUGGAGGUUGAUCAUGCAAAGGUGUGUUCUGGUCAUGCAUGCAAAGGUACUUCACUGCUCAGGGCCUAAGCUUUCAGGGUUGGGUUUUUUGGACUGGUUGGUUGGCUGUAGGACCGUCAGUAGUUUCAGGUAGAUCUACAAGAUAUUGCCAGCACUAGUGUUUUAAAAUGCCAGCUAUGUGUAUGUGUUUAGAUGUCAUGAUCCUGCACGUACUUGACCUGGCUUGGCUAGGCUGUGGGUCUCUAAGCUGGAUCACGCUUGCAGGUGUUCUGCAUGCUGGGGUAACCCAAGUUCCUGCUGCCGGCUAUAUGAUGAGCCAUGUUCCUGUCUGCCAGCCUGGCACUAGGGAGACUGCACCUGCAUCUGCACCUUUUGUUUAAAAACUGAAAUGAAACAAAAUCCUGAUAUGCAAACCCAUUCUUUGGUUGGUUAAUGCCACACUGAGUACAAACUUCAUACAAGACCUAAUCACACCUUUCCUCUUAAACGUCUGGGACCUCAGAAGCAGGGCAUGAAGAAUCUCUUUAUUUUGUGAGCACCCUUGUCUGAGCAACACCAGAAUGAUCUGCUGGGGAACCAGAAAACAAUUUACUAUCUCGUUUUUUAUCACUAAUACAGGGCAGCUCUAGAGAGCUGAAUCAGUCCCAAGCCAUCAGAGGCAAGGUCUGUGGCUCCAUUUAGGGUUGUGUGUCAGCAGAUUCAGAUUGCUAAAUGGAUAAUUACGGUAACCUUUGGUAUGAGUGUGCAGCAGAUCACAGCUGCCCUUCUUGGAAGUGCAGCAGGAAAGUCUUUAGCUGGAGCAGCUGGCAUGUACUUCCUCCUGUAACUGUGACAGGACUACCAAGCCUGAAUAUUGUGACUCAAAGCAGAAUCAUCUAGAGCAUGUGCAUGUGCCAGAGCUGCAUUAGUGCUCUUGUCUCCCUUGGACGACACAGCAGCAUUAACUCAACACUGAUUUUUCUUGCUGUGAUUAGUGUGAGGUGAGGCCCAUAGCACUCUCAGCUACUGGGAACUGGGUGAAAUGUAUGUCUUCCAUGAGCAGUUAGCUCAGCAGUCAAUGGGUGCAGAACCAUCAGCAUGCUGUGGUUGAUGUGAAAAGUGUGGGCUGUGUGUUGUGCAGGAACCUGUAAGGGUUCCAUAAUGGCAAUUUCCACCCUCCUGGCAUAUGAGCAUAUGCCAGUUCAACACUAGGACUGACUCUGGUGUGGUGGCCAAACCGGACUGCCACUGUCCUUAGAUAGCAGAAUGGAACUCCACUUGCCUGUGUCCAUUUAAGGGAUGUCCAUUUGAUGCCUCAGUUAUGCCUGUAGCUCUGUUUCAUCAAGAGUCUAGUUGCUUUGUAGAAGUCUAUGGUAAGUGAUCUGCUUUUAAGAAAAACUAGAAAAAGGUUCUGGUUAACCCUGUCCCCACACCUGAAAUCAUGAGGCAUGCCUUAUUAACACCAUGGGCGUUCACUGUACUAUCAGUGGCUGUCAGCUUCAGUGAAGCUCUGAGUUUUUCCCUGAUGUGAGUAUGGUGUGUCACAGAGCUAUAGAGCAAGGAAAAGGUUUUUUCUCUGGAAUAGGAGUAGGAAUAUAGAGAGGUUGUUGCUUUCUGAGUUCUCAGGGCAAAGGUUUUCCUGCUGCUUGAUCUGGUUUUUUUUUUCCAGGAGGGAGGGGAGAGUGAGGGAUUGGAGAAAAUAACCCUCCUCCUCCUUUUGCAUGGUUUGCUUCCCUUCAUUAAAUCAUCAGCCAUCAAGCUGACAGUGUACCUGCUAAGGGCUCAUUCUGUACUGAUGUGCUGAGGCAGUAGGAGAAAGGCAUGAAAAUGGUUCCUGAGUAUUUUGGGAAUCCUACUCUUGUCCUCCUCUGGAGAUAGCAGAGCUAUGUGGAGUGCACAGUAAAUGCCUCUAUAGCCUGGUCUGCCAGCACUGUUCCUCCCACUGGCAGCGAGCACUGAUGGCCUUCUUGAGCUGAAAGGAUGAAAAUUGGAAAUUGGAAAAUCACUGUCACUGACCUGAGCUUUAUCCUGACUUCUGGAGUCCCAGUUGAUGUCGUUGGGCAAAUGAGUCUUCAAGAGUGUCCCCUGUCCUUGUCCAUGAUUUAGGCAGCGGCUGGACAUGCAUCACUGUAAGGGUUACAUGAUUUCAGUGCCCGUGGUGACACUGUUCCAGUGCAAGGGGAUUAAUUGCAAAAUGGAACUGCUUACAUAAAAUGAUCCAGAACUUCAGAUCCCCUCCCACCCUGAGAGUGUCUUCCUAUUCCCUCUUUUUGUGCUGGGCAGCACUGUCCCUGGGCUCCCUCAUGCCGGAUCAGUCCCUGCCCUUCCCACCAUCACUUGCUUCCAUCAUGCAGCUGGCCUUGGGAUCACCCUGACCCAGCGUGAGCACACGUCUGACCUUUUGCACACUGUAAUUCCAGAGCGGGAUGGUUGGCCACCGAAGCUGCAAUGUCGUCCCUGACGACCUCCAGUGAGGGAGAAAACUCCACUCCCAGGUUUGUUGUUGGCUCCAGAGAUGAUGAGACAGAAUUUCUGGGAUCAAACAUGAAGACAGACGAAACCGAUUUUUUUGAAGACGAUGAAGAGGAGGAGUCGCCACCAGAACGGCAGAUCGUGGUAGGAAUCUGUGCCAUGACCAAAAAGUCCAAGUCAAAGCCCAUGACACAGAUUCUGGAGCGUCUGUGCAAGUUCGAGUACAUCACAGUGGUGAUCAUGGGGGAAGAUGUUAUUCUGAAUGAACCGGUGGAGAACUGGCCUUCUUGUGACUGCCUGAUAUCCUUCCACUCCAAAGGAUUCCCCCUGGAUAAGGCAGUUGCUUAUGCCAAGCUGUGCAAGCCAUUUCUGAUCAACGACCUUGAUAUGCAGUAUUACAUCCAGGACAGGCGUGAAGUGUAUCGGAUCCUUCAAGAAGAGGGAAUAGACCUGCCCCGCUAUGCUGUGCUUAAUCGAGAUCCUGACAGACCAGAAGAGUGCAACUUGGUGGAAGGAGAGGACCAUGUGGAGGUGAACGGAGCCGUUUUCCCCAAGCCGUUUGUGGAGAAGCCAGUCAGUGCUGAGGACCACAAUGUGUACAUUUACUACCCGACAUCAGCAGGUGGGGGCAGCCAGCGGCUCUUCCGUAAGAUUGGCAGCCGGAGCAGUGUGUACUCCCCAGAGAGCAGCGUAAGGAAGACAGGCUCCUACAUUUAUGAGGAGUUCAUGCCUACAGAUGGCACUGAUGUGAAGGUGUACACCGUUGGGCCAGACUAUGCCCACGCAGAAGCUCGCAAAUCCCCUGCUUUGGAUGGGAAAGUGGAACGGGACAGUGAAGGGAAGGAAAUUCGUUACCCGGUCAUGCUGACUGCCAUGGAGAAACUUGUUGCCCGUAAAGUCUGUGUAGCCUUUAAGCAAACUGUGUGUGGGUUCGACCUCCUGCGGGCCAAUGGCCACUCAUUUGUUUGUGAUGUGAACGGCUUCAGCUUUGUGAAGAACUCCAUGAAGUAUUAUGAUGACUGUGCCAAAAUCCUUGGAAAUAUAAUCAUGAGGGAGUUGGCUCCCCAGUUUCAGAUCCCCUGGUCCAUCCCAACAGAGGCAGAAGACAUCCCCAUUGUCCCCACAACUUCAGGCACCAUGAUGGAGCUUCGCUGUGUUAUUGCAGUCAUCCGUCAUGGAGAUCGCACCCCUAAGCAGAAGAUGAAGAUGGAGGUGAAACAUCCCCGGUUCUUUGAAUUAUUUGAGAAAUAUGAUGGUUACAAGACAGGGAAGUUGAAGCUGAAGAAACCAGAGCAGCUACAGGAAGUGCUGGACAUUGCACGGCAGCUUGUGGUGGAGCUGGGAACACACGGUGAUUGUGAAAUUGAGGAGAGGAAAUCCAAACUGGAACAGUUGAAGAGCGUCUUGGAGAUGUAUGGACAUUUUUCUGGCAUUAACCGUAAGGUUCAGUUGACCUAUCUGCCUCAUGGACAUCCAAAAGCUGCGAGUGAAGAUGAAGAAGCUCGACGAGAGUCCUCCCCCUCCCUUCUGCUGGUGCUUAAGUGGGGUGGAGAGCUGACCCCGGCAGGAAGAGUCCAGGCUGAGGAGCUGGGGCGGGCGUUUCGCUGCAUGUACCCGGGAGGCCAAGGUGAUUAUGCUGGUUUUCCUGGCUGUGGCUUGCUCAGGCUGCACAGCACUUAUCGCCAUGAUCUCAAGAUCUAUGCCUCAGACGAGGGCAGAGUUCAGAUGACAGCAGCAGCUUUUGCAAAGGGUCUGCUGGCCCUGGAAGGAGAGCUGACCCCCAUCCUGGUGCAGAUGGUGAAAAGUGCCAACAUGAAUGGUCUGCUGGACAGUGACAGUGAUUCCCUUAGCAGCUGUCAACACAGAGUGAAGGCACGACUGCACGAAAUCAUGCAGAAGGAUGCCGAGUUCUGUGAAGAAGAUUAUGAAAAGCUAGCACCUACAGGCAGUGCUUCGCUGCUCAAUUCCAUGACCUUUAUCCAGAACCCAGUUGAGGUCUGUAACCAGGUGUUCACCCUGAUUGAGAAUCUCACCUCCCAGAUACGAAAACGUCUGGAAGACCCAAAAUCUGCAGACCUGCAGCUGUACCACAGUGAGACUUUGGAACUGAUGCUGCAACGCUGGAGUAAGCUGGAGCGAGAUUUCCGCAUGAAGAAUGGGCGCUAUGACAUCAGCAAGAUCCCUGAUAUAUAUGACUGCAUCAAGUAUGAUGUACAGCACAACUGUGCACUGAAAUUGGAAGGCACAACUGAACUCUUCAAGCUUUCCAAAGCCCUGGCAGAUGUGAUCAUACCACAGGAAUACGGGAUUAAUAAGGAGGAGAAACUGGAGAUUGCAAUUGGCUUUUGUCUUCCUCUCAUUAAAAAGAUCCAGCUGGACCUACAGAGAACUCAUGAAGAUGAGUCUGUCAACAAACUCCAUCCGUUGUACUCGAGAGGAGUUCUGUCACCAGGUCGCCACGUUCGAACACGGCUGUACUUCACCAGUGAGAGCCACGUGCACUCCCUGCUCAGUAUCUUCCGCUAUGGGGGGUUACUGGAUGAAAACAAAGACCAGCAGUGGAAGAGAGCCAUGGACUAUUUGAGUGCUAUCUCAGAGCUGAACUACAUGACCCAGAUUGUUAUCAUGCUCUACGAGGACAACAACAAGGACCCCUCUUCAGAGGAGCGUUUCCAUGUGGAGCUGCAUUUCAGCCCUGGCGUCAAAGGCUGUGAGGAGGACAGGAACAUUCCCACGGGGUUUGGCUUUCGGCCAGCCUCAGCAGAGCAGAACGAGGACAAGAAGGCAGACCAAGGCAGCCUAGAGGACCUCUCGAACAAGAAGAGCAGUGAUGAGCCAGACUGUGCUCGGCAGAAGUCCCCACAGCCCUCCGAGCCAGUCAGCAUCCAGCGAAGGUCGCCACUGGUCAGGAACCGCAAGACAGGAUCCAUGGAGGUGCUGUCUGAAUCUUCUUCUAAAUCAGGAGGUUAUCGCCUCUUCAGCACUUAUUCCAGGCAGUCUUCUGAGAUGAAGCAAAGUGGAUUAGGGUCACAGUGCACCGGGCUGUUUAGCACCACUGUGCUGGGAGGCUCCUCCAGUGCCCCCAACCUCCAGGACUACGCACGCAGCCAUGGCAAAAAGUUUGCCAGCAGCCUGACAUACAAAGACGAGCUCUUGUCUAUGCCAGCCGUAAAACGAUUUUCUGUGUCGUUUGCAAAGCAUCCGACUAAUGGCUGCUCCUGUGGUUCCUCCAAGCCUGGUGAUGUUGGCACAGAUGUGUUGGAGCACCAGCACGUUGCCCAGUUGCUACGGCGUUUUUCCUCUGACUGUGCCACGAGCCGGACCAUCUCCUUGGAUGCCACCCUAGCCCAUCACCUGCAGCAGUGCUCCUACCACCUGCGCCUCUUCAGGAGCUGGCUGAUCUCAGGGCAGGAUGACUUGGAGUGUCUUUACGGUUUUGAAGGCUGUUCCAUGGUUCCCACCAUUUAUCCCCUGGAGACUCUGCACAACUCCCUCUCUUUGCGGCAGGUCAACGAGUUCCUGACAGCCGUGUGCAGGAGUUGCAGUGAAUCACAUGUCCAGUCCACCGCAGCUUUGUUUGAUUCAAUGAUUGGCAGCCAGAUACCAGGAGACCCCUUCAUGUCCCAGCAAAUCCUGUCAUCAUCGUCCUUGCCAUUGCGCCAGCGUUCGGAUAAGCCCCCUUGGUACAGCAGUGGCCCCUCCAGUACUGUCUCCAGUGCAGGCCCAUCCUCCCCAACUUCCGUGGACAACUGUGCUCGUUUCAGCUUUACUGAGAAACUUUCUAUCAGCCCCCCAAAAAGUGAGGAGCAGCUGACCAGCCGGUCCCCUGAGCAGGAAGAGAGUCAAGCUCCAGGCAGAGGGCUCGACAUACAGGGGGGCAUGUCUGAGCUGUCAGUAGCCGAGCCAAGUGCCCCUGAGACACUCAUCUGGAAUAAGGGCCCAGAGCCAGGCAGGAUCCUGGAGCUGUGCAAGAAGGAGCUGUCAGAAGAGAAGAGCAUGGGGGAGCUGGAUGAAGAAAAACCGUCUGAGGAAAUAUUAGAGCCAAGAAACAUAGGAAACUCAAAGUGUGGUGAAGGGUUUGACCUGAGGCUAGUUGGGGAGACAGCAAAGCUAGAUGAGGGGUCUGUUAGGGGAAGGACUGGCCUGGAUCAGUCUGGGCUGUCCAAGGAGGUCCUGGUGCCGUGUGAAGAGGAGCUGCUGGGAGAGGUGUUGGACCCAGAGCAUACAGGCAAGGAGCUGCUGGAGGACAGUGUUUUGUCAGACCAGCUUCUCUCUAGUCACCUGUGCCAGGUGCCACCACUGCCUCCUGAGAAGAAUGUGGAGGAACUGCAGCUGCUGUAUCAGAAGGAUCAGCAAAAUUAGUGGCUUACUGGACAGCAAGCACUUCUAGCCUGAAAACAGCCCAACUUCCUGCAUGGCACCUUACACAGCUGGUGGUCCAUAGCAAAGAAGCCUUGUCCCAGGGCCACAGGACUCUGUGGUGUGGAAGAGACUGCUUUGCUCCUCCACAAGCCAGUUCUUUGCCAUUCAGCAAGACUGUUUGCCUCGUUAAAUGAACAACAAUGCAAUCUUGGUACCGGCAUGGCACCUCCAUGGAGCAGGGACAUGGUGCUGCACUGGUGUUCCAAGGGCUUUGUGCUCACUGGGACAGCAGCAUUAGAGGACUAGUACAGCCAAGGCUUUUAGGGUGGUACGUCUCCAAAGGGGUCAUAUCCUUCCUUGUGACUUUUUGGCCCACAUCCUUCAAAAAAAGACGUUUUGGGCCCCAAUUAAUCAGAUCCAUCACAACCACAAACCUCCUCUCUGUUCCUUUCUUCCUCUCUCAAUUCCCACUGCUGGCCACCAAAAUCAGGUCCAUAGAGUCCAUGGCAGGAAAACUAGCAGAGGCAGAAAGCAUUCUGAAUGAGUGUGGAAAAGAAGGGUAGUGAGGGCAUCAGGUUUUAAUGCCACUUGCAAGGAAACAUCUCUUUGGCUUGGCCUUGGAUGUUUCCCUGCUGGGCUGGGGCAGGCAGGAGCCUGGGGAUUCAGCCUGAGAGAGAUGUGCAGGGAGGACACAUACAAGUUGGUUUUUUUCUCAUCCCCAAGGAUCAUGUAGGGUACAGCUCUGAAGUCUUGGUGACAGGGAUUAAAAGAAACUGCUAUUUUGAUAAUUCAGGACUAUUAGACAUCAAUAAGGAAAAAUCUUUAUUAUAUAUAAAAUGAAAAUUAUUUAAUGUAUAUUUAUGUAAAUGCCUCGUGAGCACAAGCCUGAGGGCAAGAUUGAUACGGGUGUCCCUGCCGCAUCCUGAGUGCUGGCCAGGGCUGUGCUUCCUACUCCUCCUGUAUUUAUGGACAAAUCUGUGUGUCCAUCUGUAGCUAGGAUCUGUGUUUUUGUGAAGCUGUGCCCAAAGAUCUAUGCUGUGUUGUGACAAUGUGUGUUCACAGUAAAUCCAUGCUGUGGGUCCAGUGUC